AUGAAGCUUCACUUUGUCAUGUGCUUGCAGUGCGGUUCCAGGCCGAGGUACGACGGGAUGCGCCAGUACUUCAAGCAGAAGAACGUGGACGCGGAAUUUUCGUUCGAGGCGGGCCCCGAUGGCUCCUUUGAGGUGUCGAUGGACGGCACCCAGAUUUACAGCAAGUUAGAGACAGGCAAGUACCCGACCCCUCCUGAGCUUCUUGCUAUCAUUGAGUCCAAGAAGUAG